AUGUUUGCAUUCAUCCCAAUCGAAACCAAUCACGACGACCUUGUUUUUCAGAUCCCAUUCAACAACUACCGCUGUCCAACAGCUAGCAUGCAUUGUCACCCGCACACUUACUUUAAUCGUGCUCCAACACAUCGACAUGAAUCUUAUGAUGCAAAUAACCUAGAAAAUAUAAUUUCGGAAUUAAAGCAUCUCGAACGGAAAAGAGCCGAAGAGAAAACGCUCUAUGAGAAACGCCAACGUAUUUAUGCCGAGCGUGAAAAAGAGAUACGCAAACGCGCAUAUCGACAGUGGAUUCUUGAUCAACAAGCAAAACAAGAAGCAUUGAAGCAUAUUUUUGAGUUGAGAGCAGCUACUGCGGCAUCAAAUAAGGAACCAAAUGUUUAUAAUCAUUCAUGCGCUCAUUCUUGCCGAAAACAACAAUCAAGGAAACGAACAAUUUCGAAACAAGAAGCAGCAAAAAGAAUUAUUUUAUUUAUUCGUCAUCGCAUAGAAAAUCAAACCACCUUUCUCAUAAUUAAUAAACUAAGACAACUUCGAUCCAUUGAGCAGCAUUUAGUUUCGCUUUUCCCGAAAUCCGGAUUCAAUCCAAAUUUAACGUUCGUAACCGAGAAUGCAAAACAAAUAUUACCAAUCACUGCAAAUAAUCGUGCGUUCCUCCUCAAGGAAGAAUCUAUUCUCAAAACCUUAGAUUCAUUGGAUCGUAUUGAAAGUAGCGGAAUCGAAAGUAUUCGUGAAAGAAGAAAACAAAUUGUUAGAAUUGCACAGAGAAUGUUGGAACUUUUGGACAAUAUCAAGAAUAAACAAUGGAAAGAAUUUAGUGAAAAUAAACAAGAAGGAUCGGAAAAGGUGGAAACUAAUAAUACCGAGAAAGAAGAUAAUAAGCCAGAAGUUAUACGGAUAAACAAUGAUGAUGACUUUGAAAAAUCAACUUCUCAAGAACAUGAAGGUUUGGAUGAAAUCGUAGAAUCAAAUACAGAAUCGAAUAUCGAAGUAAUUACACCUUUUAUCAUAUCUGAUUCUAUGGACGAAAAUUUAAAUAAUAAAUUGGACGAAAACAAUAUUUUAAAAACCACACACAAUAUUAACGAUAGUCCAGCAAAUAGCCAAGGAACGACUAUCGCCGAAAACGAAGACACCAUCUCUUUGGAAUCCGUUGCUGCUAAAGAAAUUGUUAAUUCAGCCACUAAAAGUAAUAUUGAAUUAGAAAAAGAUGAGGAAUUUGUAGUAGUGUGA